GUAGACCACGUCACGUCCGAAUCCGUCCCUGUUUUGUUGUUUUCCUUGGCAACGCGCGUCUUCUUCCGACGGCCGAUCCGAUGACGCUCAGCUAACCGGCUCUUCGUUAUGCCGGGUGGCCAACCCGGACAUAACAUUAUAUAUAUUAGAUACAAGUGUGUGCCAUAAUGGGACAAAAGGAUAAUAAUAUCCGUUUGCCUCUCACUCGUCGCAGACGUUUCUGCAAGAAAGGAUGGAGGAACAGAUGGCCUAGUUUGAAAAAUGUUUGUCAAAAAGAGAUGUAUAAAGGAUAUCUAGAUUUUGAAGAAUUGGUAAAAGCACGAACAAAAUGUAGAAAAGAAAUACAACAGUUUGUGACACAAAUGAGCAAAAAGUACUACAUCCAUUAUCAUCAGUACUUGAACUGGAGAGUGAGCGUGGAGUGCGGCAGUUUUUUUUCUUUCACCCAUUACAUGAAUAUGUUUAUUGAUGAAGAAGAGCUUAAUCUAUUACUUCAUCCAAAUGAGACACCACAUUAUUUAUAUUAUUAUCUACUUAUGGAGGAAUUAACAAGCUUCUUACCUGAAUAUUCAAAGAAUGGACAUAAUGAUGACCUGAUAAAUAUUUAUUACGCUAAAGAACUUCUGCCAUAUCUGAAGCAUCGUCAUUUAGAAAACGUGUGGCAAGGAUUUAUAAAUCGCCCUGCUGAACAGCAGCUAUUGGAAAAGGUAGCAACUUUUGUUACACAAUGGUAUCAGCCGGAAAAACGUAUCUCUUAUACGCAUAUAGAGAGGGAACUGGACAAUCUUGCACAACAGGUAGUGGAACAUCUUAAAAGUGUGAAUCCCAAACAUCCAAUUUUCUUGGCAUCGCAUGAUCAGUUCUCGGUUUGGAAAUGCCAUACUAUUGAUGAAAAUCAAUGGAACACCAGCGAUGGAAGACAGAUUCUAGAUAUUCUUUGCAAGAUAUUCUUUUGUGAAACUAACCUAAAUUUCCCUUCAGUUCCAUAUUGGCAACCAAUAUUUCGCAGAGAAUACGUAUUGAUAAAUUAUGUCUUAGAAAAGAAAACUGGUUUUAGUGCAUCUCUGGCAAUCAUAUUCCAGAGUGUUGCAAGAAGACUUGGCAUACGCUGUGAUCUAUUAUCUUUUUUUGUACCUUCUGAUCGUGCUUGGGAGAGAAAUUAUUGGUUAUUAAAAUGGAAACCAAAAUGGAAUCUAACAAAUCCUGAUGAUGAAGAAUGUUUUUAUAUCGAUCGCAAACUUCGUGCAGUUAUUUUGGAUAAUACUAACUGGUCCAGAAUUCGUGAGAUUACAAGAUGUACCAUAAGUUCUGAUAGCUAUUGCAGAAUAAAUACCUUGGAGCUGAUACUAGGAUUGAGUUACUAUCAUGUUAUGGGAACACUGUCUGGUUGGCUUUUUGUGUAUAACAUUUUUAUUGAUGGUGUCACAUACGCCAAGAAAAGAACUCGUUGGUUUUCGAGGCUUCUAAAGUUGGUAAAAGAAAAAAAGGGAGACCUGACCUUCCCAAAGUUGUAUACAGGAGGUCAAGGAUAUAUGCCUAACUUUAUACCGGAAGUGCAAAAGGUUGAAUCUAUAAUUGUUGCACGCAAUGGAAAGACAUGCACCAAGUUAGUACGAGAUACAGUAUCCAGGAUGGUGUCCGUGAUAUGUGAAAAAGAAGAAUACACACUCAAACCAAAGAAGAGAAAGGCUGGAAUGAAAUUUGCAGUUGGAAUGAUUGUGAGAAUUAUCUAUCAUAAUAUAGUAGGCGCGAUAAUCAGAUGGGAGGAGAUGAAUUUGAAAGCUGAUGAGCCAUCUUUUUACUACAUAGUCCUUUGCGAAAACAAGAAGACAUAUUGUGUUUACGAAGUGUCAUUAGAAGUGGUAGAUACGCCGGAACCUAUGAAUAUCGACCUACUUGGCAUAUAUUUUUGCAAAUUUAAUGAUAUUUAUUAUUUACCAAAUGAGAUGCUGGCAAAUGAGUAUCCAGAUGAUGUAUUAUAUUUAGCUAAGAAAUUUAGCUAAGAGAUCUAGAAUGUAUUGUAUCGUAAAAUAUAUAUAAAAUCUGCAUAUAAUAAAAACAACAGCAAUCGUGGCAUCUAAAAGUAACGUCAACUACGAGAGAAAAGCAUAGGGAAGAAUAUUCCAUUAUAGUAUUUCCGUAGAUCUAUAUUACAAUAAAAAAAUCGAAGCAA